UCCAAUAUAAUACAAUCGAUACGAAUUUUAAUGGAGUUUAAAUCACUUUUUAAACUAACAACGCGCCAAAUAGUCUUGUUCUUGUUUGCUUGACUAUUGUUAUGAUUAAUUUCGAAGAUGUUGAUGCUAUGGAAGUAUUGCAAGCGUGUCGCUGCUGCCUGCUACGACCGCCAGACAAGGGUCUGAAAACUCUCUACACACAUCUCGGCAGAACUGAGAUAUAUUCUGAUAUGCUCACCGAUUGCUUCGAUGUAGAUCUUACCCUAGGCAACGAUGAGUGUGGCAUCUGUGAGAUGUGUGUGUGCCGUCUCCGGAAUGUGAGUGACUUCAAACAGCAAGUGAAGCGCAGCCAGAAAGAGCUGCGGGUUUGCAUGGAUAAAAUAUUACAAAGAAACAGAGAAGAGCCCUCUGUUAAGAUGGAGAGGUGCGAUGACCGAGAAUGUGAUGGUGACUUAGCAUCACAAAUGUUGGACCGUUCAACGACUGAUUCCGACGCCACCCGUGAAAAGCAUACAUGCCACCUCUGCCAACAAACAUUCAAUCAAGAAACGUCCCUCGAAACCCACAUGUAUGGCCAUGAAACUGACUCUAAGAAUGUAUCACAAGAGACUACCGAAAAUAACAUAGUGGAUUAUUUAUACACAUGUGACAUAUGCAAAAAAGAGUUCAGUCAAAAAGGAUACCUAAACACUCACCUAAAAUCUCAUACGGACAGAUAUCGAUACUCUUGUGAAAUUUGCAACAAGAAAUUCACACUCAAAUCACGUUACGAUAUUCAUAAAGUCACCCACACAGGUGAAAAACGUUAUAAAUGCGACGUAUGUAACAGACGGUAUACACAAAAAUGUACAUUAAACGCUCAUUUGAAAUACCAUACAGGGGACUAUCGGUUCUCAUGCGAAGUAUGCGGUAAAAGGUUUACCCAAAAAGCUUAUCUAAUAAAACAUAUGCGUGUCCACACUGGUGAAAAACCAUAUUCUUGUAACGUCUGCCAAAAACAGUUUUCACAAGAAGGUAACUUGAAAACACACUCACUUAUACAUUCUGAAAGUAACACGUCGUACUCUUGCGAUAUAUGCAAUAAAGAAUUUAAACUAAAAUCGACUUUAAAGAAACAUUUUCUGACCCAUUCUGGUGAUAAAUUAUUCAGUUGCGAAAUAUGUGGGAAACAAUUUCUACGUAAAAGCGAACUGUCUAGACAUAUGAAUGGACAUAUGGGUGUGAAGCCACAUUUCUGCGACAUCUGCAACAAAGGUUUUACAUUAAAAAGUAACUUGAAAGCUCACAAGCUAACGCACACUGGUGAGAAAUCCUUCUUGUGCGAAAUAUGCCACAGACCAUUUCGAACUAGAACACAUCUAAAAAGCCACAUGCUGAUACAUACUGGGGAAAAAUUGCAUGCUUGUGAAGUGUGUAAUAAGCAAUUUACACAUAAAUCUGCUUUAAAUCUUCAUAGUAGACUUCACAGUGGGGUAAAACCAUACACGUGCGAAGUCUGUAAAAAGGAAUUUAGAAUACUUUCUGGAUUAAAAUUACACAGUCGUGUCCAUACUGGUGAAAAGCCAUUCGAGUGCGAAAUCUGCAAUAAAACAUUUGCACAUCCAUCGAGCUUUAGGAAACAUAAGCGUAUACAUAAAGAGAAAUCAUAUCCUUGGUGAUGUUAGAAAAGUAAUUAUGGACUCAUUAUAUGGGAGCCCAAGAUGGUCAAGACCUUUAGUUAGAAUAAUGCUGGGCGUUAUUUC